AUGUCCGAACUCCAAGAUCUCGUCGCCCAUCUGGGCGAAUCCGUCCAGCAGCUCGCCGGCCUGGUCGGUAUGGCCGGCCAGCGCUUCACCACCAACCUCACUGCCUCCUUCACCACCAUGACCCUGAAGCACUGGAUACGACUGGUCAUGAUCGUCGGGACAUACCUCCUCGUGCGCCCCUACAUCAUCAAGCUCGGCGCGAAGCACCAGGAGAAGCAGUUCGAGAAGGCGCAUGCCGAGGAGGAGGAGGCACAGGCCAAGAUCUCGCCCAACCAGCUAAGAGGCCAGGUCGACGUCCCGGAUGACAGCGACGACGAGCUGCCGGAACCGGAGGCCACUGCCGCCUCUACGGCAGCGGAUUGGGGAAAGAAGGCCCGCAAGAGACAGAGGAACAUGAUCAAGAAGCUGAUUGAUGCCGAGGAGAAGAGGUUACAGGAGCUGCAGGAGGACGAGGAGGACAAGGAUAUCGAGCAGUACUUGACCUAG